AUGGUGCUGUCGCUCCCACUCCCUAGCUUCUCCAGAUCCACCACGACCUCCCCCCCGCUUCGUUCCAGCGAUGGAAACCAAAACAAUGCAAAUAGACCUCAUCGAGCCUCAACUGGCUCAAACGCGAACAGACACUCAUGGAAGUCGGCAGGAGUACUCGCGUCUUCUACUGGCAACCAGUCCACCACGCUGAGCGAAGCUCUCCGCAAUAACCCGUUCGGAAGCACGUCACGAUCCCACGCUAUUGUCGAUACGUCGGCCGAGCAGACAGAAGAGCAGAGACGAGAGCAAGAGGAGCUUAAUAAUGCACUGGAGACACUGGCUCGGAUAUUUCCGGAUGUUAAAGUUGAGGUAUUCCGGGAGCUGCUCGUCCGGUUCGACGGGUUGAGUAGGCUCCAGGUCUGCGUUGAACAACUACUACGACAUAAGCAGGAAUGGGUGGCAGGUCGAUGGAACGUCCCGGAUGGAACUGGUGGCAACGAAGGCGAUGCUGCUAUUGUGCCCCCUGGUGACGGAGACGAGAACCUAGUCCCCCCCGAAGAACGGUUUCGAAGCGAUGAAUACAAAGCGGCUGUUAAAUCUGUGCUGGGGAAAGAAUUCAGUGGUCUGAGCAGGAGCACUGUGGAUGCGGUUCUGGCGGAGGUAAAUUUCUGCUAUAUGCGAGCACGACCGACGCUUCGGGAUCUGUCGCGGAAGACGUGGCGGGCGACUUUUAACAGCAUUUUCCCUUCCUUUAAACGCAAGAAAGAUAGAGAUGAUCACCCGAUGCUGGUGUGGCAGCGCUAUGCGGAUGGCGGGGUGGUGCCUAGGUUGAAGGAGACGGGUUGUGACGAGCUGAAUAGCGAGUUACAUGGGAUGUUGCUAGCACCGCUGCUCCGACAAAGACAGGAUGAGCAAGAAGAACGAGACUAUCAGCUGGCUGAGGAGAUGAACGAGCUUGAGGCCAAGGCUGUUGAUGCAUUGUAUGAAUGUGAGUGCUGUUUGUCGGAUGUGACAUUCGAACAAAUCUCGGCCUGUUCAUCCAGCUCCCACAUCAUCUGCCACAGUUGCAUCCAGCGGACUGCCCAAGAAGCGCUCUUUGGUCAAGGAUGGACGAAGUCGGUGGACAUCGAGAAGUCAACUUUGAAGUGUCUUGCACCUGUCAGUCAGGGAACCUGCGAUGGAACCUUGCACCCGGAGAUUGUAAAACAGGCCAUUCUUCUUAACAAAUCUGGGUUCGAGACUUAUCUCAAGUUUGAAGAUCGGCUUUUCUCCGAUGUUCUGCUCAAAUCGCAAAUGAAGCUCAUCCGCUGUCCGUUCUGCUCCUACGCCGAGGCCGACCCUGUCUACCACCCUUCAACCCGGGGCAUAACCUGGCGUUUUCGCCGCGAUGGGGCCUUAUCUACGAUACUGAUGCUCAUAUUCAUACUUGAUUCGAUACCAUUACUUAUUAUUCCUGCACUUAUUAUCUACCUUCUUGACCCUCCGGCCUUAUCUGCGAUUUUUGAAAAUUCUCUCCGAAACCUGUGCCUCAAGAUCCGCCCCAAACGGUUUACUUGUUCGCAUCCAUCCUGUAGGCGCGUGAGCUGCAUUACUUGCAAGAAGCCGUGGCGUGAUCCCCACCUUUGCCAUGAGCCAUUGCUCCUCGAUCUGCGCGCGACUGUUGAAGCCGCUCGAACGGCCGCAGUGAAGCGUACAUGCCCUCGAUGCGGGCUAUCUUUUGUGAAGUCCUCGGGCUGUAAUAAACUGACGUGUGUAUGCGGGUAUUCCAUGUGCUAUCUUUGCCGGAAGGCAUUGGGACCACCGUUGAACCCAGCGGCGCAACUUGCCCGCCGUCGACCACCUCGACAACGUCGAGCUAGAUAUUUAAACCAAGAGAACAUCGACCCGAAUACCGGUGCAGAAGGGUAUAAUAACGAUGAAGGCCUUUAUGAAGAAGACGAACCCGAAGAAACCGAAGGCUACAAACACUUCUGCGAGCAUUUCCGUAUUAACCCCGGCUCCCGCUGUACGGAAUGCAACAAAUGCGACCUCUACCAAGCCGAGGAUGAAGAAGAAGUUGCAAGACGAGCUGGCGAGAGGGCAGAACGUGAAUGGCGUGCACGACAGGGUAUGACUGGUGUCGAAAUGGGCGCCAACACCCGCCAUGUCAACCACGAAUUCUCAGCGGCAGAAGGCAAUCGUCAUGGCUGGGUUCUACAUGGCCGGGGCAAAGAUUGGCGAUAUUGGUCGGAUGAUGUGUGGCGCGAUGGUCAGUGGAAACUGGAAGGCCAGGCUUUUGUGGACUGGGUGGUGGAAAGUGUGAUUGUUAUCGAGGAGAUUUGA